CCCAGCGGGGCGGCGGGAAAGCUGAGCAAGAGAGGCCCGGGGGAACGAUGCGCCUGCCGGGCGGCUGAGCCCGGGGCUCCCCUCCCUCCUCUCGCCCCGCUCCUCGUCGUCCCCGUCCUCUCUUUCCCUUCACCCUCACCAUGGCCUUCCCGGGUACCGAGGGAGCGGCCGAUGGGCCUGCCGGCCCUGCCCGGGAGGCGCCCGCGGCGAGCGCGGGCGGCUCGUCCUCGUCUUCCUCCGCCUCCUCCUGCUGCUCGUCCUCAUCCUGGGUGGCCGGAGGCAGCCGGCUCUGGGCAGCCAUCUACGACUACGAGGCGAGCGGCGAAGACGAGCUGAGCCUGCGGCGGGGCCAGCUGGUGGAGGUGCUGUCGCAGGACGCCGCCGUGUCGGGCGACGAGGGCUGGUGGACCGGCCAGGUGCAGCGGCGCCUCGGUAUCUUCCCCGCCAACUACGUGGCUCCUUGCUACCCGCCGCGGCCGCCCGAGCCCGCCCGCCCGCGGCCCCGCCAACCCCCGCCGCCGCCCGCGCCCCCGCCGCCGCCGCCGCCGCCUUCCCCGCCCGACGCCCCGCGUCCCGGCUCCCCGAUGCAGAUCCAGUUCGAGUGGCUAGAGCUGAAAGAGCUGAUCGGCGCCGGCGGUUUCGGGCAGGUGUACCGGGCCACCUGGGGCGGCCAAGAGGUGGCGGUGAAGGCGGCGCGGCGGGACCCCGAGCAGGACCCUGCGGCGGCGGCCGAGAGCGUGCUCCGGGAGGCCAAGCUUUUUUCCAUGUUGCGGCACCCCAACAUCAUCCAGCUGCGCGGCGUUUGCCUGCAGCAGCCUAACCUCUGCCUCGUCCUCGAGUUCGCCCGCGGAGGGGCACUCAACCGGGCCCUGGCCGCCGCCGCCUCCACCAACGCCGCCGCGCCCUCCCCCUCCUGCCCGCCCUCCAUGGCCUCCGGGACCCCCGAGCCUUCGGGCACCACGCCCGCCUCGCGCCCAGCCCGCCGCAUCCCUCCCCACAUCCUGGUCAAUUGGGCCGUGCAGAUCGCCCGAGGGAUGCUCUACCUCCACGAAGAGGCCGUCGUGCCCAUUCUGCACCGGGACCUCAAGUCCAGCAACAUUUUACUCCUUGAGAAGAUAGAGCAUGAUGACAUCUGCAAUAAAACACUGAAGAUUACAGAUUUUGGUCUGGCUAGGGAAUGGCAUAGAACAACCAAAAUGAGUGCGGCCGGUACAUAUGCAUGGAUGGCACCUGAAGUUAUCAAGUCAUCCUUGUUUUCUAAAGGAAGUGACAUCUGGAGUUACGGAGUGUUGCUGUGGGAACUACUUACAGGAGAAGUUCCCUAUCGCGGCAUUGAUGGCCUUGCUGUGGCUUAUGGAGUAGCUGUCAAUAAGCUCACCUUACCCAUUCCAUCUACCUGUCCUGAGCCAUUUGCUAAGCUAAUGAAAGAAUGCUGGGAGCAAGAUCCUCAUAUUCGACCAUCAUUUGCUUUAAUUCUUGAACAGCUAACUGCCAUUGAAGGGGCAGUUAUGACUGAAAUGCCUCAAGAAUCCUUCCAUUCUAUGCAAGAUGACUGGAAACUAGAAAUUCAGCAAAUGUUUGAUGAAUUGAGAACUAAGGAAAAGGAGCUGCGAUCCCGUGAAGAGGAGCUCACUAGAGCAGCUCUUCAGCAGAAGUCUCAGGAAGAAUUGUUAAAGAGGCGUGAGCAACAGCUAGCAGAACGAGAAAUUGAUGUUUUAGAGCGAGAACUUAAUAUUUUGAUAUUUCAAUUAAAUCAAGGGAAGCCUAAUGUAAAAAAGAGGAAAGGAAAAUUUAAGAGAAGCCGUUUAAAACUGAAAGAUGGACAUCGGAUUAGUUUACCUUCAGAUUUCCAGCACAAAAUAACAGUGCAGGCUUCCCCAAAUUUGGACAAACGAAGAAGUUUAAACAGUAACAGUUCUAGCCCUCCGAGUAGUCCAACAAUAAUUCCUCGGCUUCGAGCUAUACAACUGAUUUCAAAAUCAGAUGUAAGUACUUCUCAUGACCGAAGAAACAGUGUAUAUGUGUACCAGCAAGAUGUAGAUAUCACAAGUGAAUAUGUAUCUCCCUGUGAGGGCAUAAAAAAAGUCACCUCUGAUGAAAGCAAUAGAACCUGGGGCAAAAGCACAGCCUGUCGCCAAGAAGAAUUUGAAGAUGUGAAGAGAAACUUCAGAAAGAAAGGUUGUACCUGGGGGCCAAGUUCAGUCCAAACAAAAGAAAGCACUGACUGCAAAGAAAGAGUAAGGCCCCUUUCUGAUGGCAGCAAUCCUUGGUCAACAAUCUUAAUGAAAAACCAGAAAACGGUGCCUUUAGCUUCAUUAUUUGUGGACCAACCAGGUAUCUCUCCAGAUCUGAAACUUUUCCCUGAUGGACUGGACAACAAAAGACCAAAGCAAAUGAAAUUGCCGAAUCAGGCCUAUGUUGAUCUACCUCUUUGGAAAGAUGAUCAGGGAGAUAACACUGUAGAACCUGAAAGCUUUGAAGAGGGAACCUCUGCAAGUUCUGCAGCCAGCACUCCCCAAAUGACUCCCACAAAUAGUCUUAGCAGAACACCCCCAAAAAAGAAAACUGAAUCUGCAUUAUAUGGGUGUGCUGCAUUCUUGGCUUCUGUAGCUUUGGGAUUGGAUAUUAGGGAACUAAAUAAAGCACAAUCUCCUGAUGAAUUGUUGCCCAAAGAGGAUAAGAAGAAACGUGAAGGAAUAUUCCAACGUGCUUCUAAAUUACGAAGAAGUUCUAGUCCUACCAGACUACAGUCCAAAAGAGAAGAUGUUAACAUCCCAUCAUUAAGUCCAUCAUCAAACACUGUGAACCUCCUGUCCAUGCCUUCCAUCUCCACAAAAUGUUUGCUACACUCAGACAGUGAAGACACAUUUGUGGGUACUUGUGAUACAGACAUUCCCAAUAUAGGGGUUUCCCCUGUAAUUCAGGGAAGUAACUGUGAACCUGCUGCAAUUUCAGGACUUGUGACUGAUCACAGCUUAGCAAAGAAUGUGCCUUCCUCUCCUUUCACAAAACAGGUGCCUGGAAAUGUGCCAAAUAAUGUUCCAUCAAAAAUGAGGGUAUCGCGUCAUAGACGGACCAUGUCUGAUGGAAAUGCUUUUCAGACUAUAGCUAAUGGAGUUACCUGCUCAACCAGUGGAGUCUCUGAACUGCCAAUUCUUCAAGUUUCUGGGAUGCUUCACUUCUCAUCUGUUCAGCAGAGAAAUCUUCCAAGUGAGGUCCUACUUGAAAAACAAAGUGCUGUCAGUAUCAUACCCAGACCUCGCCCUUCUUCUCUGAAAAGUCGAUUAAAUCCUCAGCCGGUUCUCCCAGACAGUGCAAAACCUAGUACUGCUCAGAUAGACUGUAUAAAAGGUAACCCAGGACCAAAUGCUGACUGUCUGCCUAGUACCAAGGAAAGAACUAAAUUCCAUGUACCCUCACUACUGGACAUCGAUGUGGAAGGUCAGAACAGGGACUACACUGUGCCUCUAUGCAGAAUGAAGAGCAAAACUAGCCGGCCAUCUAUAUAUGAACUGGAGAAAGAGUUUCUGUCUUAAUUUUAAGUGCCUUAUGCUUUUAAAAGCAUUUCUGAUUUUAAUAAGAACGACUUAAAAUCGUGUGUCUACCUUCUAAUGUUUCAUGCUGCUGUAUUUUCAAAAGCCGUGGCCAUGUUACCAAAACAGUAGUAGAUGUCUUAACUUUUGGGAAAAUAUAACCAUUGUUGUUAGCUUGCUUAUAUUGUCUUUUCACUGGAAUCAUACCUAGCAACUUGAAAUGCACAAAAGUCUAAAUCUAGAAAUGCACAAUUAUGUAAAGCUAUACACUGGAUAGAAUCUGUCUUGAUCAGUCUUAACUUUUAGGAUUGUUUUAUCUUUCUCCCUUUCUCCCUUUUUACCCCCAGUCACAAAUAGAAAGACAAACUUCCUAAAAAUGAUGAUGCUUUGAACCAUUUCUCCCCUUUUUUCAAAAAAAGAAGAAAGUACUAUAAAUUAGUUAAUCGUGAAUGAUGUGAUGCAAAAACCCACUAGGAUAGGGAUAGGAAUUGGAAGUUUUCAGGUGAGGAAGCUCCCUUUAAGCUGGGCCCUUUUCAGCAACUUCCAGUAUUAAAGUUGUCUAGAGCCUAGCUUCUUAAACUGUGGUUCACCAUCCCAUAUGGGGCCCCACAACUGAAUGUGGGGGUUGUGAAAAAUUUGGCACCAGUAAAAGGUUAUAUUAUACCUGUUUUAUAUGCCGAUAUUCCCGGAGUUGUGUAAAAAUUUCUCCAGCGAGUAGAAAAAGUUUAAGAAGCCCUGGACUAGAGCACUGAGAGAUUAAGGGAUUUACCUGGAGUCCAUCAGCCAGGAGGCAUCAGAAGUGGAAUUUGAGCCCAGAUGUUCUAGGCUCUGAAGUUGAUUAUCUACAACUCCACAUUGCUUUGCUAAUGUUGCAUCAUUUUGAAGAUGAGUGACUGAAAUCAAUGUGCUAUUCUAUUAAACUACCUAACCUUAACAUUAGGAUUAUCAAGCAGAUUAUGUAGUGACUUAACCCUGUUUGAGUAAAUCUCACUGAAUAUGCCUUUUAAAUGCUGAUUCCAUUAGAAUUUAUGAGGAACCUAAUAUAUCUGAAUGAUGUUUGAAUGACUAUCUUAUACCCAGAAGGUUUUUCAGUUAGCUCUUCUCUUGGUGAGAGAGAAUUCUAAAAUUCUCUCCUAAAUGAAAAGUAACCAUCUAUUUGGUACCUGAAAAUGCACAACUCUUAUUCUCUAGAAAUAUUUUUUGGUAAUAAGUAAACUGAAUUUACAUGAUGUUUUGUUAUUUCAAAGGUAAUAUCAUUUUAUUGAUGGUAAAAUUACAUACCACCAUAAACCAAAUGGAAUUUACAUUUCAAGAUCAGAGAUUAGCUCUUAGGAAUUAAAUAUUUUACAAAAUUAUUUGACAUUUCAGGUAAUCUUGAAUAGUUGUUAAAAGACAAAGGCAAAUAGAAAUUACUCAGGAAUGGCAAUAUAGAGUAUAUCCCUUGAGUACAGCUAAGAAUUUCAUAGACUACUGAAUUGUUAAAAAUUCUAUUUGGAUGAUGGUGCUCUUGUUAAAUUAUGUGGGUUUCUUUCUAUAAAAUCUAUUUUGUGGACUAUCACCUCUGUUUACUAUUAUCAGUUUGGAAGCACACUUAUUUUUUUAAUUGCCAUAAAUUUUUUAAAGUAAUGUUGCUUAAUUUUUCCUUUAAAUUUUUACUCAAGUUAAAUAGACACAUCUUACUAAACUGAAAUUUUAGUGGUUGAAAAUUAAAAUUUCAGGUGUGAAGUGCAUAAUAAAAAAUUUUUCAAAAAAAAAUGGUAGCUUAAAUUAUAAAGCUCUAUCUUUUGAGUACAUUUUGUAAUUGUUCGUUGUUGUUUUUUUGUACCAUGACCAGAAUAUUAAAGGAUUACGAAAAUGGUAUGUACAUUUUAUCCUGAGGGAAACAAUCUCUAGGUUGCAGUAAAAUCUCAGGUACUUCAUUCAUUAUUAUUUUAUUAAAUCAUUGUUCACUGGAGACUUCAGUUUCAGUUUUUGGUAAUUGGUUGAAUUAUGAGUGCUAGAUUUUGGUGUUUCUGAAUACAUCACACCAACAUUGUUGGCCCACUUAGUUUUCAACUAUUAUUGUAUGUAACCUACAGACAAAAUAGCAAGAGAUGGCUAAAAUAAUGAAUUUGUGCAAAAAAACAGAACCCCCCCGCCAAAGCCCCCCAAAACCCUGUUACUUACCUAUUAUUUUACUUUUACAGAAACAGAAUAUGUUUGCAUUGGAAUCCCUUUUAAUACUUCCUUUCCUUAUCAUUCAUCUGUUAGACCCCUUAGCAUCUCUAGGCCAAUUUGCAUUCUGAUGAACUGAGAUAUGAAAAUAUAAAUAAAGACAAUUAUCUAUCAAAGUAUGGAUUCAAUAUUAAAUGCCACGCAGAUAUUGGGGUGGGGCAGAUGAUCAAGAUCUAUUGUAAAUUUGUGAUUUCUUUUAAUGUGUUGCUGUCUGUAGCAUAAUAUGGUUGUAUUUAUUUUCAUGUAGAUUGACUAGUCUUACUAGGAUAAAAGAUAAAUUAAGGCGAUCACUGUUAGUAAACAAUUUAAGGUGCUUAUACUGCAGAAAUUUAAAGUGUCUACUUGAUAUGCUGUUUUACAAAGCCUUAUGACUGA